AUCUCCUAUGAUAUGUCAUAGAUAUGCGCUAAAAAAAAAAAGCAUCCGUUCAGCCUACAUUUGACUAUCGUCGUCGGUUCUGUACAUACGCAAGCGCAAAAAUCGGAUAACCGGAAAAUGUGAUAUGCAAUAACUAUAUCUUCGCAGCUGUGACAAAUGAAAGGGCCUCGUCAAUUUAAGAGGCUAAAGAGGAGUCCACGAAGCAAUGUGAAACAUAGUUGUAGAUUAAUAAAUUCAUCGAAUAACGGGAAUUUAGGUUUAUUACAUUUCUACUUUUUGAUUCACAAAACUCCGCCUGAUAGCAGGCAACCUGAGAUACAAUUACCCGUAUUGUGCAUUUCUGAAUGCCUGGUUGCAUCAAAUAAGGUUGUCUACCAAUAUAGGUAUAGGAGGUGAAAUUUUAUUUUAUUACAUUUUGACUCAUAUAGAACGUUAUAAAAAUAUAUACUUCGGUACCAAACGUCGUAUAACCGACAUUACUGCACACAUAAUUGAUAUUACGAUGUCGAUGUUUGAUAAUUUAUUCGCCGACAUUUUAAAUUGUACGGAUAAGAUGUGUUUGAUUCGUAGUUUAAAUAAUCGGUUAUUGUUUUGCAAAAUUCAAUCGAUAUUAAUUAAAUGAACUAUACACACCGAAUAUUUUAUGCGUAAUCGUGCCGAUAACGUGGGGUUAGUUGUGGGUGGACUGCAAUCUUAUUCGCAAAACAUUGACAAUCCGCAAUGCACGGUAUUAUAAAUAUAGAGAAUAUUCUCUGAUAAGGGUAUCAGCUAUGCAUUGCAAAUUUUAAUUACAAUAACAUGAAUGCAUUUUAAGUUUGAUAAUUCAAGCGAUAAUUAUACAAUUAUAACUGAUUGCUUAUUUUUUUGAGAAUUAUAUUUGUUAUGUAAAUAUGCAGUUAUAUACUUUUCUUUAAAGCCACGUUUGCCAAUAUGAUCAAUUGAAUUUGCCACAGCUUUUUGUCAUCCUUAGCCUACAAAUUCUUGUGGGGUAAAAUUACGAUUUUCUGUCGUUGCUACUCUGCUACAUUGGUGAUGUCACCGGGUUGCCUAUUACGGUAGGUUUCAGGCGUAAAUAGGCUAGGUAUUCAACUCUACUAUUAACUGUUUCUUAAAGCGCCUACAUACGUAUUCGAAAUUGGCCAGGCCGUGGAAUUGAGCCACGAAUUACACUAUUCCCAUUACAAUAUGUCCAACAGCGUUAUCCUGCAUCAGACAAAGCAAGGCCUCGACGUCUAUACAUUGCAUUAUUUAAUGGAUGAAGUCAAAGCAGGAAUUCAGUACGCUUUUCAAACAAAAAAUCGUCUCACAUUGGCGAUAAGUGCAUCAGGACACGGAGGUAUGGAAGCUUGUCUUGGGAACAUCCUCGAACUUGGGGAAACUGUUUUGAUCGCAAGAUGUGGUCUUUGGGGCGAAAGGGCUGCGAAUAUGGCAAUCAGGAUUGGAGCUCACGUAGAAUUCCUUGACACUGAGCCCGGUGUGGCUUUUACUCUGGAAGAGCUCGAAGCUGCUGUCAAACGACAUCGGCCAACGGUUGUAUUUGUGGUUCACGCAGAAUCAUCAACUGGUAUGAAACAGCCUCUGCAAGGUGUUGGCGAUAUUGUUCACAGAUACGGCGGGUUGCUCAUCGUUGACACCGUGGCUUCAAUAGGCGGUGAAUCCUUCUACGCAGAUGCUUGGGGCGUCGACGCUGUCUAUACCGGAAGUCAGAAGGUGCUUGGCGCACCUCCCGGCAUAACACCGGUCACCUUUAGUCCCGCCGCAGAGAAGAAGAUAUUUCAGAGAAAAACCCAGGUUCCAGUUUACUACUGGGACAUGACGAUACUCGGCGAUUAUUGGUCUUGUUUUGGCAAGUCGACGCGCGUUUAUCACCACACAAUCAGCGCUACUCUGAUCUACGGAUUGCGGGAGGCAUUGGCUCAGCUUGCUGAAGAACGACUUCCAAAUAGCUGGGCAAGACACGCCGCUGCUGCAAUGAGGUUGGAAAAGCGCCUUGCUGCCCGUGGUUUGGAAUUCUUUAUUUCAAAUCCGGAGAAUCGUUUGCGUACGAUUAUUUCAGUGAAGGUACCUCCAGGAAUCGAUUGGAAACUUGUCACACAACGAGCGAUGAAAAAAUACAAGGUGGAAAUUGGGGGAGGUCUCGGCCCGACUGUUGGCAAAAUCUUCCGCAUCGGAUUAAUGGGGGUUAACGCUGAUAGUGAACACGUGGAUCGAGUAUGGGAAGCAUUUAAUGACGGCUUGAAGUAUGCUAGAACGGCAAAACUGUAAACGAUGGAUGCGGAAGAAUCAGUUUAACCGUUCAAUCACGCAUGUCUUCCUCGCCGAAAUUUCGGACGUUGCGAGCCACAUGCUGUGUAUAAUUUUCGACUUCAUUGGUUGUCGAUUUAUAAGAAAUAUUGAAUGUAUCAAAAGAGCAUUAAAAUACAAUCUUUAUGUACCGUGGUCAUAUAAA